AUGGCCACCAGCCUGCUCCAUGUCCCCCCACCCCAGGGGUUACUCCGGCCCCUGGCUGUGCCAGAGAGGCUGCUGCUCGGGCCAGGGCCCAGCAAUGUGCCCCCCCGCAUCCUGGCUGCAGGCGGACGGCAGCUCCUGGGCCACAUGCACCCCGAGGUGCUGCAGGUGAUGGAUGAGAUCAAGGCAGGCAUCCAGUAUGCCUUUCAGACGCAGAACUCGCUGACCCUGGCCAUCAGUGGCACCGGCCACUGUGCCAUGGAGGCUGCCCUCCUCAACCUGCUGGAGCACAGUGACACUGCGCUGGUGGCCAUCAAUGGCAUCUGGGGACAGCGCGCCGCCGACAUUGCCAGGAGGUUGGGAGCCAAUGUCCAUGAACUGCUGAAGCCCCCGGGCGAGUACUUUGCUCCACAGGACAUCGAGGAGGCCCUGGCACGGCACAAGCCCUCAGUGCUCUUCAUCACCCAUGGCGAGUCCUCCACAGGGGUGCUGCAGCCACUGGAGGGGCUGGGCGAGCUGUGCCAUCGGCAUGGCUGCCUGCUGCUCGUGGACGCGGUGGCAUCCCUUGGGGGAGCCCCCAUCUUCAUGGACCAGCAGGAGAUUGACGUCCUAUACUCGGGGUCUCAGAAAGUCCUGAACGCCCCCCCCGGCAGUGCCCCCAUCUCGUUCAGCGAGCGAGCCAGGGAGAAGAUGCUGAAGAGGAAGACGAAGCCCCCAUCCUUCUACCUGGACAUGGGCUGGCUGGCAAACUACUGGGGCUGCGAUGGGGAGCCACGAAGGUACCACCACACGGCGCCCAUCAACAGCUUCUUCAGCCUGCGGGAAGGCUUGGCCAUGCUGGCGGAGCUGGUGAGCGACGCCAGGCAGGCAGGGGGGCACCAGCACCAGGAGCUGCAGAUGUAACCCGGUCUCCCCCGUCCCCAGGAGGCGAGGCUUCCCACCAUCACCACCGUCAGGGUCCCUGCGGGCUACGACUGGAAGGAGAUCACAGCCUUUCUCAUGGACAACCACGCCAUCGAGAUCGCCGGGGGCCUGGGCCCCUCGGUGGGCAAGGUCCUGCGCAUCGGCCUCAUGGGCUGCAACUCGAGCAGCAGCAACGUGGAGCGUGUGUUGCGUGCCCUGCGAGAGGCCCUGGGGUGCUGCCGCCGCAGCAGCAGGCUGUGA